ACAGUUGCCCUGGUGAGGACGAAGCGCCAUAGCCGCGGUAGCCCUGGCGACAAGAACCCCAGCAACGCGAAUCAACAACAACAAACGAAUCCUUAAAAUUAAAAACAAUUUACCGCUGGAAAGUUCAUUCGGAAAAAGAGUGGGGAUUCCCAGGUGGAGCCAUGGCCACCUCAGGCUAUGUGGGAGAGACACAGCCGGCGAGUCUACCCCAAGGGGGCCCUGGUGUUUCCAUGUCGUCGGUGGAGGUGGCCACCUCCACCACCACCACCACUCAGUACCUGGCUGAGAUCCAGACGUCCCCCACUGCCAGCACGCCAGGGGGUACAGGGGCGUCCGGCGAGGCCCAGAGCCCCACCAUCGAUGGGCAGAAGCCGGCAGUCCAGGCCCCCCAAACGGCGGUUGUGGCCCAGACCCAGUAUGUGACCGCAGAAAUCCAGGGCUCCCCCACACAGACGGGCCACGCUCAAAGCACGCCACAGUACAUUGUGGUCACCGUCACAGAGGGAUCCCUCCACUCCAGCGACAGCGUUUCAGACUCCAGCCCCCCUCCAGUUGUGGUCCAAACAGGCGUUCCCACACAGGUGGUCCAACAGGUGCAGACUGCUCAGCAGCGGUCCGUUGUGCAGGCUACCUCUCAGAUAGCAAAGGCUGAACCGGGCACCCAGCUCACGGUCACAAGUCUACAGCCGGUCCAUAUCAGCCAAGAGGUGCAGCAGCAACUGACCCAGGUGCAACACGUGUACACCAACCAGGUUCAGUAUGUGGAAGGAGGAGACACAAACUACACCACCAGUACUAUCUUCUCCUAUGCCGACGCGCCCCUCUACACCCAGACGACGGCGUCCCAGUACUACGAGGCCAGCACCACCCAGGCCUCCACCCCCGGCACCCCCCUCACCGUGUCUGUCACGGCCGGUUCCACGGGGGGCGUGUCCAUGUUCGUGGCCCAGCCAGCCAGCGUGGCGGCGGGGGCCGCGGAGGCCGUGGCGGGGUCCGUUGCGGUGGCGUCCGGGGCCAACGGUGGGGCAGACGGGGCCGGCACCAACGGCGGCGUGGCCGCUGGGAGCUACGUGAUCCAGGGGGGCUACAUGCUGAGCGGGAGCAGCAACAGCAGUGGAGGUGGAGGAGGAGGAGGGUCAGGUGGAAACGGGCAGAGCUACUCGCUCGCAGCCCGAGCCUCCCCGGCCACCGUGAGUAUUACCGAGGGGGAGGAGAGUAACUUGCCAUCGGCAGACAAGAAGGUACAGUGGUUGCUGGACAACUACGAGACAGCUGAAGGCGUUAGUCUGCCCCGCUCCACGCUCUACUGCCACUACCUGCUGCACUGCCAGGAGCAGAAGCUGGAGCCCGUCAACGCCGCCUCCUUCGGCAAGCUAAUCCGGUCUGUCUUCAUGGGGCUGCGCACGCGCCGCCUUGGCACACGGGGUAACUCGAAGUACCACUAUUACGGCCUGAGGAUCAAGGCCAGCUCCUCUCUCAUUCGGCUGAUGGAGGACCAACAGCACCUGGCCAUGAGGCAGCAGCCUUUCUCCCAGAAGCAGAGGUUGAAACCGGUGCAGAAGAUAGAGGGAAUGACCAACGGCACAGGAUCAGGGGCGGGGCAACAGCAGCAGCCACACGGGGCCGGGCUGUCUGACAUCAGCGCCCAGGUUCAGCAGUACCAACAGUUCCUCGAUGCAUCCAGAGCCCUGCCAGAGUUUCCGGACAUCGACCUGCAAGGGAAGGCUCUGCCCGAGGGCGUAGAGCUGGAGCACAUCAAGAGCUUCCAGCUGCUCUACAGAGAACACUGUGAGGCAAUCCUGGAUGUGAUCGUCAACCUGCAGUUCACGUUGGUUGAGACACUUUGGAAGACCUUCUGGAGGUUCAGCCAGAAUCAGCCUGCCGACUCUGCUGCACUGGCCGUCCACGACGAGUCUGAGAAGCGUCUGCCCAAGUCCUGUCUGGUGGUCCUCUGUAAGUACGAGCCGGUGCUGCGGUGGAGCCGAGACUGUGACAACAGCCUGUACCAGGCGCUGGUGGAGAUCCUCAUCCCUGACGUCCUCAGGCCCAUACCCAGUGCCUUAACACAAGCCAUCCGUAACUUCGCCAAGAGUCUGGAGAGCUGGCUGACCAACGCCAUGAUGAACAUCCCUGAAGAAAUGGUCCGCAUCAAGGUGACGUCCGCCAGUGCCUUUGCCCAGACGCUGCGUCGCUACACCAGCCUGAACCACCUGGCCCAGGCAGCCCGCGCUGUGCUGCAGAACACCGCUCAGAUCAACCAGAUGCUCUCCGACCUCAACCGCGUGGACUUUGCUAACGUACAGGAGCAGGCGUCCUGGGUGUGCCGCUGUGAGGACCGCGUGGUGCAGCGGCUGGAGCAGGACUUCAAGCUCACGCUGCAGCAGCAGAACUCCCUGGAGCAGUGGGCCGCCUGGCUGGACGGGGUGGUGUCCCAGGUGCUGAAGCCCUACCAGCACAGCGCUGCUUUCCCCAAGGCUGCCAAGCUCUUCCUGCUCAAGUGGUCCUUCUACAGCUCCAUGGUGAUCAGGGACCUGACCCUGCGCAGUGCGGCAAGCUUUGGUUCCUUCCAUCUGAUCCGGCUGCUGUACGACGAAUACAUGUACUACCUGAUAGAGCACAGGGUAGCCCAGGCUAAAGGGGAGACCCCCAUCGCGGUCAUGGGAGAAUUUGCCAGUUUGGGCAGGAUGUUAAAUCCACUGGACCCAGACAAAGAGGAGGAAGAGGAGGAGGAAGAGGAAGAGAGCGAUGACGAGGGCCAGGAGCUUUCCCUCCAGUCAGACGGCGCCGGGCUGGGGGAGGAAUCUCUUGAACCCCCGGCCAAGCUGGCCAGAACGGACCAGCGGGUUCUCUUCCCGCCCGACUCUGCGGACAACUGACCGAGGUUUGACCCAAAGACAGCCCACAUUGAGGACGCUUGGUUAACCAGGCGGCCACUUGCAUGGCGUCGCAUUGUCCUGUACCGGAUGGAACGUUAGGAGGGAGAGGAGGGUAUGUCCGUGCCCCAACCACCGCUGCCGCCGUCGUUGAAUCCAACAUUCCACCUUGCCGGGUCCGAUUUUUCUUCAGGCGCACCGUAUCCCCCUUUCUAUCCAACAGGGUGGGAGAGCAGAGUUUUUACCCAGCACAAUCAAACUGGUAGUCAGACCGGCAUUGCUGCAACAGAAUGGGACUAUAAGUCGCUGUGAUAAGAUGUUGAUAACACCUGAUUGCCUUGUGGGUAAUUGGAAGCAAAGCAAGAUGCAAAUAGUUUGUUGACCUUGGCCAGGGUCACCUUGGGAAGAAAUUUAUUUAAACUGGAAUUAAACCUGGAGUCCAAGGUCUUGCCGUAAUAAUGCGUCACGUCGUUUUCUUUCCGAAACGUUGCUUCCGUGUGUUGUAGUCUUGAGGUUUUUGUUUUUUGGUGAAGAGAGGUGAUACAUUAGAAAAGACAACCUGCUGCUAGACAGUUAGUGGUUAUUGCCAGCCCCUUUAGCAGUCACUUUUAAGCUAAUGUGUAUCUCUGUACAUGACGGACGAUUCUUAAAAAAAAGAAGGGAUUUUGAUUGUGUGAAUGUUUUACAAAUUCCUCCUGUGUGCUCUCUGUACGCUUGUGUGAACCACUGCUUUGCUGUCGCAUCGAGCUGAAGUGUUUGUGUGUGUGUGUGUGUUUGUGUGUGUGUGUGUGUGUGUGUGUGUGUGUGUGUGUGUGUGUGUGUGUGUGUGUGUGUGUGUGUGUGUGUGUGUGUGUGUGUGUGUGUGUGUGUGUGUGUUGGAUAUUGUAAAUGUGCAAGUGCAGUUGUGGGAUGUUGCGUCAUGCCAAGUGUUGAUCCUUUUUGUUACUUUCUUCCUCACGUGGAUGUUUUCCAUUGAUAUAUAAACUUGUCAAGAGAUUUAUUAUAGUCGCCACUUUAAGAAAUGUUUUGUUUGUUUUUUCCAUUGCCUGUCAUUGUUACUUGUUGUCGUCGUUACGAGUAAUUAUCGCAAACCUGGUUCACGCCCUGUGAUUUAAAGUGGUCCCAGUAGUUCCUGCAAAAAACAACAACAAAAACCACGUUCCAUCGUUCUUCAUUUUAUUUAACGUCUGUUGUGUGUGCAAUGAGAGGAACUUCGGAGGUCUGAGUGCUUGAUUUCUGACCAUUUCCCUGGUUCCUCUGUGGCCUAUUUAUCCUGUGGCAUAUCAUUGUUUUAAGCCUUACUUUAUUUACUUUACUCUGUCAUUCUAACUGUGCCAAAUUGUAAGAUUUUCGUCUUGUAUGUUAAUCCCACAUUUUUAUUCUGUUCUGCUUUCCAUGGAGGACUUUGCUGGACUGAGUUAGAAUUGGAGUGUGUGUUUGUGUGUGUGUGUGUGUGUGUGUGUGUGUGUGUGUGUGUGUAUAUGUAUAUGUAUAUAUAUAUAUAUAUAUAUAUACACUAUAUGAGGUUCUUUCCUGUGACAUUCAUAGAGCCUUUACUUGUGAUGUGUACAGUGGUGUGUCGUCACAUAUUGUAAGCAUCCUUGCUGUGCAUUCUUCCUAUUAUUAUUAUUUUCCUCACACACAAGCAAUUCUUUGCACAGCUUAAUUAGAAAAUAUAUAUGUCUGGAAGUCACAGAACAUGUUAAGGUUUUUUGGUUAUUGUUAUCACAGGCCUUUCUUGCUUGUCUUGAGAUUGAUGUAUUUAUUUAGUGGCGUCCGCCAGGUGGCAAGUAAUACUGAGCUGCUGUAUCCGUGUCAGAUGCUUCUGAGAAGAGAAAGACCUGUUGGACAGCUCUUUCUUCACAAUUCCUCCCUUGACUUGUUUUCUCUUUACCCUGCAUCACACCUUCCAUGCCUUUUGUCAUUUGUUAUGGAUUUCAAUAGAAAAGUUGUGUGUGUGUGUGUGUGUGUGUGUGUGUGUGUGUGUGUGUGUGUGUGUGUGUGUGUGUGUGUGUGUGUGUGUGUGUCCCCGUUGUUACAGGAUCUACCGUUAACACAGCUUAAUACAUAUCGCUGGCCAUUCUCAACUCCAUAAGAAAUCCUGACACCUUUUUUUUUAUAGUGCUACAAUUUUACUUGUACAAGAAAAUACUGAUAAAAAAUAGAGGAAGAAGAAAGACAAUUAGUGGAAGUGUUUUAUGAAUUUGGUCUAAGCUCUAAGUAUGCUUGUGCCUUUGGAGUUGGUAGAGUGCUAUUGAGAUGUUUUUAAAUAAAUUAAUGAAUUAAAUGAUUUAAAAAAUUGUAUUCACUUUUUUUUCACCCUCCCAAGUGACUUAUGCUUCUAUUCCGAAGGAAAAUGUAAUUUGUAACACAAUAUCCUGUAUGUCAUUUGUUUCAAACUUUAAAAAAUAAAUUCACAGUGUGUGUGGA